AUGGAUUCUAGCUGGGGCUGGAUAGAACCCCGGUCGGAUGAGUUGUGGGCGAGGCAAUUUGGAGGAGUCGGUGGCAACAACGACAACGACAACGACGAUGGGAACAACAACAAUAACAACAACAGAAAUGGAACGUUUAGGGGCGGCGGACGGAACUCGACGAACAACCUCAUUUCACAAUUCAGAUUCCAAGCUGCGAAGUCGAUACGAACUUCGACUAUCAUCCUUUCAGUCUUCAAUGUAGUGGCGGCGUUCGCCACUGCUCUAGGGAUAUUAUGGGAUGGCUACGCAACGGCGAAGCGAAAUAACCCCAAGUACAAGUUUAGGACUUCGGCCUUCAACUGCAUAGGUUCAGCGGAGACCUUUCCCUUUGUCUUGUCUUGCGGAAUAGUCAUUCAAGGCAUAGUGUUUGCUGUUGCGCAAUCGACUGGUCUAAAGGGCUCCCAGGUUUUGGGAUGCACCAUCGUUUCUCAAAUGAUGUUGCCAGCCGUGUUCAUCGUGCCUUAUAUUCAACUCAUUUUCGGCGUCGAAGUAGCGAUCCGAGCCCUCAGGCGAAAGAACCCAUUCCCACCAAGGACGAGAUGGAGCGUGGUUAUCUGUCUUACCAUUGUGGGCACCUUAUUACUCGUCACCUAUCUCGUGACGCACUUUAUCCGACCCCCAAACUUCUGCUUUGCCUCUCUCUUUUGGUUUGUUCAGAGGUACUCGAUGGGCUGCUUUGUCGUUCUCACGAUUAUCAGCGUGGGUGUCUUGGCAGCUACGGGUAUCAUCUUCAUGAAGCUGCACAGGAAUGCAGCAAUCGACCCGACGGAGCGGACUGCCUCCUCGAGGAUGGUGUACUAUCUUGCGGUGGCUUUCCUUUCGACUGUCUUGAUUAUUCCCUUCUUCUUUUCCCUUGCCUUCCAAAACCAGCGAAACCGAGACGUCAAUGCGCCACUCCAGCUCUCCAUGGUUGCGUCUGUGGUUGCAAAUGUGUCGGGCCUCAUGACUGGUGGCCUACAUCUGUUUUUGCGAUCGACUUCAGUAUCUACCAUCGGCCCGCGCGAUAAGGACGGGAAAUACCAGGAAGAGCGAAGGCAGAGUUUCAAGCAGAGAAUUCGAAUGUGGCCCUCGCGAGAUGCCGAGGCAUCUGGGCAAUCUACUAACGUCCCGACGAGUCUUCGACGAAUGAAUACCGACGACUCCUUUACAAGCUCAGAAGGUCGGGGCGGCUAUGAUUCAGAUGAGGAGAAGAAGGAUAUUUGGGACGACAGGGUGAACCCCUUGAGGUCUCAUGCCGUCUUCCCUACGGCGACGGCGACGGCGCUGCGGGCAACGCAGCCCCACCAGACGCACGCUCCCAAGAACUCGUACUCUCUAUUCCCCAACAACAACAGCACUCUAAAACCCCCAACGCUUCUCCCUGCCACUACCUAUGACCCGUCUGCUAAGGAGGUGAUGGUGGACGUGGGUACGCUCAAACCUCCAGCGCCCAUCCACGGAUUCCGCCACCGCCGAGAUUCGUCCCUGGCAUCCCAUGCUACGGUGCAAAUCGGUCUUCGGCUGUCCAACGUUGAUGACAUGCCGCCUCUAAAUUCCAAGUACUUCAAUGACACCCACAAGGUGCACAACUUAGAGUGCCCCUUGGCGAGGGGUGCUGAUGCGCAGCAAAGGCCGAGCCCUCUGAGUAACGUGGCGAUGCACUUCCAAACCACGAACGAACGUGACGAUGACAGCGUCACAAUGUAUGCAGACGACGCGAGCAUCGCAGGCGACUACAACAGGAAAUCAUCAGGAGAGAGGGAGGAGGACUGCACCCUUAGCCCCGCUGUCUACAAACCGCCCGAGAGUCCCAAGAAGACAAAGGUGACGAGUCCUAGGGGUGUUGGUUUUACGAUUCCCCCACCCCGGACUCAACUGAGCCCGCGUCAAUCACCUCCUUCAUCUUCUGUACUCCGAGACCAGUCCGAGGUGAAAAAGGCGGACUGGAUCUGA